CGCUGCCAUAAUCGGCCAUGAAUCACUCGCGUCAGGACCUCCGACAGACCUCUCAAGGCGGGCAUCGUCGCGGGUAGGUCGGAUGUGGCUUUUUCGCGGUCAUUGGUGCGACCACGCCAUUUCAUGCGUGGGGAGCCCUCGUGAGAAGAGCAUAGUCGAGCUUUGAAAGAGGAAAAUGGACCUGCUGCCUCGGGAGGUCCUCUACGACAUCGUCGUCCGCCUUCCGAUCAAGUCGCUCGCGAGGCUCCGGUGCACAUGCAGGCAAUUGUACGCCGAACCCUUCAUGAAGAGUCGCACGAAGAGGCUCAUCGAGGAACCGAAGAUACUGCUCGCCUCAUUCCCGGAGAGGUGCGGUCCCGGAACGAAGACGAAGCCGAAGCCGAAGCCGAGGUUUGAGGUGGCUGUCGAGUUCUUCAAGGCAUCGGUCCCACAGCUGGCGUGUCCCUUAGGGCCCGAUUUGCUAGGAUCCUGCAAUGGGCUGAUGUGCUUCAGGAGCAAUCCGGGUGUCUUUGUUAUCGUGAAUCCUCUCUUCGAGGAGGUUUUGAUGCUGUCGACCUUGCCCGAUGAUAUUGUUGAUCUAUGUCCGCCGAGGAAGAAGCCACGGUCGCGGUUGCAGUUGCCACGACCCAAGGAUUGGGACAAUUACUGGUGCGCGAGUGGGUUAGGGCUCGACUACAUAACUGGUGAGUACAAGAUCGUUAUGAUUUCACAAUCACCGCUCAGGGCCAAGGUGUUUGUCCUCGGCACGACAUCAUGGCGGGAUAUAAGUACAAACUAUCUCGAGUCGACUCUCCCAUCGGGGCCGGUAUCUCCAUCAACGGUGCGGUGUUCUGGCGUGGGAGCCCUUACCACCGCGGCUGGAUGGUCCGCUUUCUCGUGGCAAAAGAGGAGUUCGCCUACUUACCCUGUCCCAGUAGUGAAGACGGGGUCUUGGUCGACCUCGGGAAGCGCCUUGGGCUCGUCGGAUUCUCGCUGGCGGGGAACAUCGACGUGUGGUCGUUCGACUUCUAUGGCAAGGCCUGGGACAAGAAGUGGGACAUUGAUGAGUACAUGAAAUCACGUAUCAAAGACGAUCUUUCCAUCGAGUUCCGACCUGCUGGGAUAAUAUAUGACGGCCUUGAUGGACAGAUGGCUCCAUCCUCUGCUGGCUCGAGCAGGAGACGAGUGACAUCCUGGCAUCCGUUUAUAUAUACGGUCCAUUGUCAAUCAAGCUGGUUAACGAGAGCACUCGGAACCGAACUCCCAUCCUCUCGAUCGCCCCCCCAAGUAAGAAAAGUACUAUCAUGGAAGGAUCGACUGCAGCUCCACCGCCCCAAAACAAAGACUGCUAGUUUGUCUUGAACAUCGAAAGCACAUACAUCCCGAUUCCAACAAACUAUUAUGGAGCUUCUGCUUCAGCUUCCAUCUCCGGCAUAGGCCUCUGCUUUGCCUUACCAAACGCCAUGCGCUUUAGGCCCCGUCCCCUCCUCUGCAGGUCGACAUGGUUGAGACCUCCUCAAGGAGAAGAUUCACCAGAACAAAGACACCUGGAUUGCCCUGAAGCACAUCAGACCAUUUCAUGAUCCUAGCAGGUCGGGCCCGAAGGGACACGCCAGCUCUGGGACUGAUGCCUUGAAGGACUUGAUAUCCACCUCGCACCUCAGCUUGACUCGGGACCACACCUCUCGGGGAAUGACUCGAGCAAUAUCUUCGGUUCCUCAAUGAACCUUCUCAUGUGACUUUUCAAGAGGGGUUCGGCGUACAGUUGCUUGCACAUGCACCUGAGACUCGCAAGCGACUUGAUCAGGAGGCAGACCACGAUGUUGUAGAAGACCUCUCGAGGCAGCAGGUCCAUUGUCCCCUGUCACAGCUAGAAUUUGCUCUGCUACGUGUGUGUAUGGUAUAUAUGUAUACUAUCGUAUGAAGUAAGAGGGGGGUGAUUUGCUCUCAAUUUUGAUUUCCAAAUUGUUAGUACAAAUUAUUUAUUUAGUUAAUAUGCCACUGCCACUUUCUCUCUU